AUGAAGGGGAAUAAGAUUAUAGUGUCAGAACAAACCAUUCGUGAAGUUAUUAGAUUUGGAGAUCUGCCAGUAUUCCUAACAGAGAAAUAUUUUGCACAAAUUACGGAGGUUCUUGAACGAAUGUGCUAUGAAGGAACCUUUCCUCUAACUUUGAAGAAGUUGCUCCCUCUCUACUUUCUCUUCAUAGGUCAGACUUUUGUGAUCUGCAUUUCAGGUAGGAAGGGCGCAACUGGUGAGAUCGCCCUAUCAUCUACUGGUGCCAUUAUUGCUCUCAUUAUGGAUCUAGACUUCAACUUUUCAAGGACAGGUGAAACCUUGGAUAUGAAUUCUUUGGUUCCAAACUCUUUUGGUUUAAUGAAACAAAAUCACAUGGGUUCAAAGAUUGUAUUCAGGGGAACAAGCCCAUUAUUGAAAUUCAGAAAAUUUGUUGAGAUUGAAGAAGCUCCAGCCUUUCAAAAUAUUCCAGUUGUUGAACCAGAGCAUCGUGUGCCACUUCUCAAUGAUGAUGAUGAUGAUGAUGAUGAUGAUGAUGAUGAUAUUGAAGGUGAUAAUGAAGAGGGUGAUGCAGAGGGUUUUAAUGAUGAGGACUUCUUGUUUGAUUUUGAAUGUAGUGAUGAUGACCUUAGUUCAUUUUUCAAUAAUGAUAAAUUCGAUGACGUUGUGAACUCACCAAUAGAGACUGAGGGAGAUUCAAACAUUGUCAAGUUGUUGCUACCAACGCCUGCUCAAAUGGCAGAGGCUAUUACACAAUUAAAUUCAGCUGCAAGGAAGCCUCCACGAGAAGUUGGUACUCCAAACAUUAUUCCAUAUGAAAGUGCUCUUGAAGAGUCUCAAGCCUCCCAACCGCCACUAAAACGAAAGCAUGUUGAUCGAAGCUCUUCAGCUUCUCUACCAACGUAUGAUGCUGCUUCUGAAAGGCUUUCCAGGUUUCUUGCUCGAGAAAAUGUUGAUCCUGCACCCAAAGCACAAGGCAUAACUAUUGGUGCAGGGAGCUCCAAUGAUGAAGAUAAACCAAUUACCGAGAAAGAUGUUUUGAUUGGAACUCUGGACAUUAGAGUUUCUGAGCUUGAAAGGGAAAAUUCUUAA